CUCUGUCUCCUCCUCUGUCUCCUCCUCUCUAAAGUCUCCUCCUCUGUCUCCUCCUCUGUCUCCUCCUCUCUAAAUGGAGAAGUACGAGAAGAUUGGAAAGAUCGGCGAGGGCUCGUACGGUGUCGUCUUCAAGUGCAGGAACAAAGACACGGGACAGAUCGUCGCCAUCAAGAAGUUUGUGGAGUCAGAGGAUGACCCAAUCAUCAGGAAGAUCGCCACGAGGGAGAUCAGGAUGCUGAAGUCUCUGAAACACUCCAACCUGGUGAAUCUGAUCGAGGUGUUUCGCCGUAAACGGAAGCUCCACCUCGUGUUCGAGUACUGCGACCACACCGUCCUCAACGAGCUGGACCACCAUCCCAGAGGCGUCCCCGAGCAGCUGGUCAAGACGAUCACAUGGCAGACUCUUCAGGCGGUUAACUUCUGUCACAAACAGAACUGUAUCCACCGAGACGUGAAGCCUGAAAACAUUCUGAUCACCAAACAUCAAGUCAUCAAACUCUGUGACUUCGGCUUCGCCAGGAUCCUCACCGGUCCAUGUGACUACUACACGGACUACGUGGCAACUCGUUGGUACCGAGCGCCCGAGCUGCUGGUGGGUGACACUCAGUACGGCGCCCCAGUAGACGUGUGGGCGGUCGGCUGUGUGUUCGGCGAGCUGCUGUCGGGGGUCCCUGUGUGGCCCGGGAAGUCGGACAUGGACCAGCUGUACCUGAUCCGAAAGAGUCUGGGAGACCUGAUCCCUCGACACCAGCAGGUCUUCAGCAACAACCAGUUCUUCUGCGGGGUUUCCAUCCCGGAGCCACAAGAGAAGGAACCUUUGGAGCAGAAAUAUCCUAACCUGUCCCGUCAGGCCCUGAGUGUGCUGAAGGGUUCUCUGAGGAUGGACCCGUCUGAGCGUCUGACCUGUGAGCAGCUCUUGCAGCAGCCGUUCUUCGACUCGCUGCGAGAGAAGAGCGAGAGCACCACCCGAGAGCACGAGCGCUCCAAGAGGACACGGCUACCUCGUAAACACGUCCCAGCAGGGUAUCUCCCUCAGCUCACAGGCAGCAGCGUCUUCCCCCCUGUGGACAAUAAGAGGUACUACAACAACCUGCGCAGGUUCAACUACCACCUCCCCAACAUCUAAACUCAUCGGGGACACCUCAGGGCACAUGCUUUGGACCCGUGUUGGUUUCUGCAUGCUGUCUCUGGCUGCAGCUGAUUGGAUAAAGACUUCACAGACAAAGAGCGGCAUGCUGCUCUGCUUGAAAAGACUGAAGGUCGUGACCUGCUGCCUUGCCUGGUUUGCCAAAUCAGAACUUUUUUAAAUCAACCGACUCUGCAGGAGUGACACGUUUCAAAAUGUGAAGUUCCCCGCCUACAACGUGAGAAUAUUUAUUUAUCGCAGAGUCAUGAUGUGUUGCAAUCUCUCAGGACGCUCACAUCUCUCCUCACUUGUUGUAAAAACGCCAAAAGAACGUUCAGAUUGUUUUUGUGUUUCUUUAAUGAGCAAUAAAAUGUAACACUUUCAUGUUCAAAUAAAUCAAUGUCAGUUCACUCCGUCA